AUGGGCGAGGCGGACGCGGACGUCGAUCGGACGCCGAGAGGAGAGCCGCUUCGGUGUUCGUGCUGUGGGUUGCACAUCGUUGGAUACGUGUUCGCGUGCGGGUCGUGCGCGACGACGACGGAGGGUGGGUUUUCGUUGUGCGCGAUGUGCUUCGCCGCGCACGCGCAGCUGAGCGCGAAUCCAGAGUUUGGACGAGCGCACGGGAUCGACUUCGUGGUGCACGAUCACGAUCCGAGGGCGUUCGAGCGAGGUGGCGAGGACGAUCAACUAAUGUUGAAUGAGAUUUUACGGGAUAGGCGCGAGCUCAUGGUGAACGGACGGGGCGGGAGUGUCGAGGAGGCGGCGAAGACGGCGUGUUCGAACGAGCGAGAGCCGAGCGCGGGAUCGGACGACUCUGACGCUUUGGCGUACUGUGCCGAGUCGGCGUGA